AUGCGCAGAAAUGUUACUGAAGGUUGGGAUAAUCAAGGUCUAUCAGUUCUGUCGAAAAUUGAGUUAGUGGGACGUUCCCUUGAUGCAUGGGGUCGAGAAAAAUUUGGGGACUUUGCAAAGAAAAUUGCAGAUGCAAAGGCUCUACUUCAAAGAUUGCAGAGGCAUAUUCAAACUGAGCAAGUGGUGUUGGCAUACAGGGAGGCGGAGAAGGCGUUAGAUGAUUUAUUGAAACAACAGGAGAUUGCUUGGAGCCAGAGGUCGAGAGCUAAUUGUUUGAAGCUUGGGGACAGAAACACCAGGUUCUUUCAUACCAAAGCUACCCAGCGAAAGAAGAGAAAUCUAAUUGAAAAAAUUCAUGAUGAUCAGGGAAGAAAGUUUGUGAGAGCUGCAGAUAUUGCUCGUGUGCUGAAGGGGUAUUUCCAGAAUAUUUUUUCAACCUCUGAUCCAGUUGGGAUUGAGGAUGUUGCCUCUCUUGUGGAUGGAAGGGUCACUGACGCCCAUAGAAGAGUGUUAUCAUUACAGUUCUCUAGGGAUGAGGUGGAAGAGGCGCUGUUUCAGAUGCACCCAACUAAGGCCCCGGUGCUUAAUGGUGAGACAUCGUCAAGUAUGGUGAACCAAACUUUACUUGUCCUUAUUCCUAAAGUUAAAAAAUCAGUUCUUGCUAGUCAAUUUAGGCCAAUAAGUCUUUGCAAUGUUAUUUUCAAGAUUAUUACUAAGACCAUUGCAAACAUAAUGAAAUUGAUCUUGCAUAAUCUAAUUUGUGAGGCUCAGAAUGCGUUUGUCCCAGGAAGGUUAAUCACGGAUCACGCUUUAAUAGCAUUUGAAUGUUUUCACUAUAUGAAGAAGCGUAUUUCAGGUAGGAAUGAUGAUAGUUUUCUUUUUGCCCGGGCUACUGUUCAGGAAGCAGAAUGUAUCAAAUCCAUUAUGGAAACCUAUGAACGGGCCUCUGGGCAGUUAUUGGGAGUGAAAGCGAUAGAUAGCUAUGACAAGUAUCUGGGAUUACCCACUAUUAUUGGGAAAUCAAAGAGUCGGAUUUUCAGUUUUAAGGAACGAGUGUGGAAAAAGCUCAAAGGCUGGAAAGAACAAACUUUGUCCCGUGCAGAUCGGGAGGUUUUAAUAAAGGCGGUGGCACAAGCCAUUCCAUCCUAUGUUAUGUCAUGUUUUAUUUUGCCGGAUGGCUUGUGUGAGGAGAUCGAGAGCAUGAUAUCUCGUUUCUAUUGGGGUGGGGAUGUUACUCGUCGUGGUAUUCAUUGGACCAAUUGGAAAACUUUGUACCGGCCCAAACGCAUGGGGGUCUUGGCUUUAGAGACUUUAAAUCCUUUAAUAUGGCCCUGGUGGCGCAUUCAGAAUUACCCAGAAUCACUUAUGGGGCGGGUUUUUAAAGCUGUUAAUUUUCCUUCUGGUAAAUUAAUUGAUGCUAAGAAGGGUUAUCGCCCGAGCUAUGCUUGGAGUAGCAUCCUUAAAACUUCAUCUAUGAUCCAGGAAGGUAGUUGUUGGCGGAUUGGUGAUGGUAAACAUGUUAGAAUAUGGGAGGAUAAUUGGUUACCCAGUGGACCUCCCAUUAAUUUUCGUCAAGACAUUGUUGAUGAACAACAGUUAGUUAGGGUGGCAGUCCUUCUCCUGCCGAAUAAUGGUGGGUGGAAUAUUCCUCUAGUUGAGUGGACUUUUUGUCCUACCACGGCUGCUCGAAUUUUGGCUAUACCUAUUCGACAUCAGGAUGCUAUUGAUUGUCUUUUCUGGAUGGGCACUGCAGAUGGUGUGUACACGGUUAAAACAGGGUAUGAGUGGCUCCAAAAGUUGGCGAAUCAGAAUUGUCCAUCUUCAUCAAAUGAGGUGGGGCUUGAACCACUUCAAUGGGCAAUUUUUUUGAAAGCACCUAGCUUACCAAGAGUAAGGGAAGUAGUGUGGAGAGUGUGUACAGGGGCUGUUCAGGUGCGUGCGAAGCUUCGCCGGCGUGGCGUCGAUGUGGAUCCUAGCUGUCCUUUAUGCGGGUUAGAAGAUGAGACCAUGGAGCAUUUAUUCCUAGGUUGUAAUGUGAUCCGUGGAUGCUGGUUUGCUAGUAACUUGAGCUUGAGGUUUUUAUCAGGUAUGAAGGUGGCUGAGUUUAUGGGUUGGGUUGUAUCGGAGAUGGAGCUUGAGGUUGUGGAUGAGGUGAAACAGAUCUUGUUUGCUAUGUGGGAGGCCAGGAAUAAAUUGAUUUUUUAG